CUAGGAUAAUCUUGGUAGGUGCAACAGAAGCUGAGAGGCUUCGCUCAGUGAGGAAGCAUGAAUGGCGAAAUUCGAGAACAAGGACGAGGUCGCGUCCUGCUUGUGCGCCCUGCAAUUGUGCGUUGGAUCUCUUGAUGGUGAUGACGAUGAGGUUAGGAUUGUAGCGCAUUCCGUUAGGUUUCCGGAGAAUUUUGAAAGAGCUCCUGAGGUCGCGGAUCGAGGGAGACAGAGAGAUGGCUUACAGGAGGGGUGCGAUCGGAGAGAAGAGUUGUUGAAGUGGAGGUGCAGGGGCCAUGGCCACAGCGAUGGAGAGGAAAGGGCCGGCUUCGAUGCACCUAUCGCAUGGCACGAGGCCUGUGGCGGUGUCGACAGGGUACAAGUUUGCGACGACAUGGGAGCAGAAUGCGCCGUUAACCGAGCAGCAGCUAGGAGCCAUCGCAACGCUGGCUCAGAGUGCAGCGGACAGGCCAUUGCCGAGUCACGUUGUCGCAUUGGCACAGCGGAGCCAACGUCCCUCAGUAUUGCCAGUUGAUAGGGAGGCGGAGACGCCAGCGAUCGAUGCGUCGCAGGGAGGGAGUUUGUUAAGCGAGCAAGUUGAGCUGAACAGCCAGCACCAUUUUUACGAGUGGUACACUGAUUUAGAGUCAGCGACGAAGUCCGAGACAGAGGAGAAGUAUCGUCGGUACGUGGACACACUUACAGGGCACUUGCAAAUUUGUGAUGACAUCCUGGCGCAUCUUGAUGGAUCCCUAGCACGGUUCGAUGAUUUGCAAGCGCAUCAUCAGGCGGUGGCUACGAAGACGAAGUCGCUGCAUGAAGUGUGCGAGCGGUUGGUGGUGGAGAAAGAGCGCUUAAUUGAGUUUGCUGAUGCUCUGAGAACUAAGCUCAAUUACUUCGAUGAACUGGAGAAUAUAUCAACGCAGUUUCAUGCCCCGACAACGAGUGUUGGAAGUGGUCACUGCCUUCCCCUCCUGAAGCGCUUGGAUGAGUGCAUUUCUUAUGUGGAAAAUAAUCCUCAAUAUACUGACUCCAGCGUCUAUCUUGUGAAAUUCAAGCGAUUGCAGAUAGUUGCCUUGGAAAUGAUCAGAGCUUAUGUGCUCAAUGUGUUGAGAAAUGCGUCAUCACUGGUACAGGCGUCCGUGAAAGAGAAUUCUACGCAGGAUGGGAGUGGCAGGAUUGCUAUUGCUGAGGGUGCAGAGACUUUGGUGCUAUAUGUGAGGUUUAAAGCAGCUGCCAAUGAUUUGAAGACCCUGAUACCGGAAAUUGAGAAAAGGGCAUCUCAGAAUAGGUAUAGUGAGUUCCUUACGAGCUUGACUUCGUUGUAUUGUGAGCAACGCCUUGCUGUAGCUCAAGGUGUAAUAUCAUCCCGAAUUGCAGAGUAUGCUAAAAGGGAGCGCCUCCCGUCCUUGACAAGAUCAGGCUUUGCAUAUCUGAGUCAGGUCUGUCAAUCGGAGCAUCAGCUAUUUGAGCACUUCUUUCCAAUGUCUUCUUCGGAUCCCUUAAACCUUACUCCUCUGCUGGAUCCCUUGUGCACAACACUUUAUGACACCUUACGGGCUCGCUUCAUCCAUGAAGCAAAUCUUGAUUUGCUUUUUGAGCUCGUUGAUAUUUUAAAAGGUGAAGUGUUGGAUGAUAAAUUAGAGCGACGACGGGAGACUGUUGCUGGUUUGCGCCCUACAAUUUUAAAGACCUUAGCUGAUAUGCAAGAAAGACUUACUUUCCGUGCACAAACCUAUAUGCGUGAUGUAAUCGCAAAUUAUAUACCAUCUGCGGAUGACCUUGAUUAUCCAGCAAGGUUGGAGCGACUAGCUACAGCUGCUGUUGGAAGCGAAGAGGAGGGUAGAGACUCUUACUUAACAUGGUACCCGCCUUUGGGGAAGACUCUCUCCUGUCUGUCUAAGCUGUACCGGUGUUUAGAACCACCGACUUUUACGAGUCUUGCGCAAGAUGCUAUCAACAUGUGUUCGACCUCAAUACAGAGGUCCAGCAAGUUGAUUGAGAGACGAGCAUCUCAAAUGGACGCCCAGCUUUUCCUUAUCAAGCAUCUUUUAACUCUUCGUGAGCAGAUUGCUCCUUAUGAGAUAGAUUUUUCAGUAACACACAAGGAACUUGAUUUCACACACUUGCUUGACCAUGUACGCCGAGUUCUGAGAGGACGGGCCUCACUUUGGAGCAGUCAAUCCCUUGCUCGGACAUUUUCCCCUAGAGUGAUGGACAACCAAACAGAUGCGAAGAAAGAACUUGAAAAGAAUCUUAAGGUCACUUGUGAGCAAUUCAUCAUGCUGGUGACGAAGAUCACGAUCGAGCCUUUGCUAUCUUUUAUUACUAAGGUAACAGCUGUCAAGGCGUCUAUUCGGAGUCGUCCCGUGGAUGCAGAAGUACGUAAGCCCUUAAAAGAACAAGCUUUUGCCACUCCAGACAAGCUGGCUGAAAUGAUAGCCGCCGUUGAAAAAGUUGUGAAGCUGCAUGUGCCUGAUAUAGUCUCAAAAAUGGGUUUGUAUCUGCAGAACUCUUCGACUAGGUCCAUCCUUUUCAGGCUCAUAAAAUCCAACAUCUUGGAAGCUCACGGACAAGUGUUGGCUCUCUUGUAUUCUGACUACACCGCUGCAGAGGCUUCACAGGUUCCCAUUAUGAAGCAAUCUGAUUUGCAAUCGUUUCUUGAUGGCUUGUGUUCAAGUUGAUCAUAUUUUGCAGAUAACAGUUUGCAGUUAAAGCAUAGCCUGCUUUGUAAAGAUUGUUCAUUUUAGCAAUCAGGUCUGUUGUAAAAGUAAUCCUACUCCUUAAUUUCUAGGUUCUCGAAGUGCACCAUGUUAUAGGUUGGUGCAUAUUCCUUCAGUUUCUGUCUACAUUUCUCACAAGAAAACAUUUGUAGAGAGCUUGAAGCAGUGACCCUCAUUCUAGAAUGAAAUGAAUGUGUGUACCCAGAGCUGCUUUUGAUUUGAUCGGUGAGAGUGAGAUGGCCGCAACUUUUGAUGUUGUUUCCUGACAUCUUGGAAUAGUGAUUUGUAGCGAAUGUUCGUAGUCCUUGCGGAACUUGCGAGCAGAUGGAUUUGUAAGCGAACAUCCGAUGGCUCUGGAAUCACUGCUGGGGCUAGACACAUGCCUGCAAUGCAUGAAACAAAUGCUUGCCAUGAGCUCAGAGGAAAACAGCUAUGUAAACUGUGCCCGUGUAGCUAAUGAUGCUUGCAUCAUCAGAUUCUACCGGAAUACCGCAACUGAUUGCGAAAGAGGAAUUCUCCCACCAGGUAUGAAAUUGGUACAGCACAUCGUACUUCGAUAAAUCACUUUCUAUUGUCAGAAACUGACACACACUUUGUCCCGAGAUUCAUGAAUAAUAAAGAGUACCACAUCGCGCUAAUUUAAGCUCA